UUGGAGUAAAAAAAAUGGCGGCUGGCGGUUGCAAGUCAACGACUUUAAAAAGAGAUAAAAAGGUUAAAAAGGGGUAGAUUUGCAAGAUUGGCCCAGCACAAAUCGAACCGUGGCUAGGUCGUUUAGCACUCGAUGCAACGAAGGCUGCUCGCCGGCGCUCUGCCGACCCUAGGCGCUUCCUUUCCCCCCUUUUCCCCGUCCCCUCUGUUCUUCUCUCGCACUAAGAAGAACUCUCCCUCUCUCCACGACGAACCCGACGACCCUCCGUUCUCCCCGAUCGCUAAAACCCCGAAACCUAGGGCUAAACCCCCGAAACCUAAGCCCAAAACCCCACCUUGCGCCGAGGAGAAGAAAAAGCCCUCGCCUUUCCACUCCGACCUCCCCUUCGACUUCCGAUACUCGUACUCCGAGACCGACCCUUCCGUCAAGCCCAUUGGGUUCCGGGAGCCCCCUCGCUUCUCCCCGUUCGGCCCUGGACGCCUCGACCGAAAGUGGAACGGGGUGUCGGCGCUGGCGAAUGCCGAGGUAGCGGAGGAGAGGAAUUCGGUGCUCGGGGAUCCACUCACCGAGGAAGAGGUUGCGGAGCUCGUAGAGCGCUACCGGCAUAGCGAUUGCUCUAGUCAGAUCAAUCUGGGGAAAGGUGGUGUAACUCACAAUAUGCUGGAGGACAUCCACAAUCAUUGGAAGAGAGCUGAAGCUGUAAGAUUGAAGUGCCUUGGAGUUCCAACCCUUGACAUGGAUAAUGUUUGUUUCCACCUUGAGGAUAAAACCGGUGGAAAGAUCAUAUUCAGAAAUAUAAACAUCCUCCUACUCUACCGCGGUCGCAACUAUGAUCCUAAGAAAAGGCCGGUAAUACCCGUAAUGUUAUGGAAGCCAUUGGCACCCAUAUAUCCAAAGCUUGUUCAAAAUGUUGCUCAGGGUUUGACUUUUGAGGAAACAAAAGAGUUGAGAAAUAGAGGAUUAAAUGCACCUGCUCUAAUGAAACUCACUAGGAAUGGUGUUUAUGUGAAUGUGGUGGAAAGAGUCAGAGAGGCCUUCGGAUCUAUGGAUGUCAUCAGGUUGGACUGUUCGCAUGUUUAUACAAGUGAUUGCAAGAAGAUUGGGGUGAAACUAAGGGAUUUGGUUCCUUGCAUUCCUAUCCUAUUCAAGGAUGGACAAAUCAUACUUUGGAGGGGGAAUGCCAAUGAGGACUCUAAUUCAUCAUGAUUAGGCUUUUUCUAGCCUCCUCUUGCACUAUGCAUACUGUGUAUGCUUGCCAGUGAUUCACAUAUGCAAAGGUAAACUUGUUGAAGGUUCCACAUCUUGCCGGCGUAGCAUGAGAGGCCUGUGGCCGGUUGCAAGAUUUUCAUCAAAGAAAAUUAUAAAGAACUGAUGGCAUCAAGGAGAUCAAGUGCAAGAUGUGGAAUGAAAUUGAAGCAGCAUGGGACUAGCAGAAUGUUGAACAAAAAUUGAACCGUUUAUGAUAUUGCUGUAUUAAUUUAACAGAAUGAUUCAUUUUCUUAUUUAUGCUAAUCUGUUCAUUUUAUAACAUGAUGUUAACAGCUUAUAUUUUGCUCCAGUUACGCUUGAGUAGAGACUGUACUCUGGUAUAUACUUGCA